ACUGAAACAAGCAGACCUUUUGGCAGUCAUUUGGGGCUGAUGUGACGGAUUGGAAACAAGAUGCCCAAACUCAAGACCCAAAUUUAAAGUCCGUUUGCCUCAUGGAACGUUUACUGAGUUCUCAGGAAGUGCAGGAGGCCUACCAAAAAGGCAGAAUAAAAUCUCCAGCAGUCUUGCAAUGCUGGGGAGCAGAAUCCCACUAGUGGACAGGGGCCUGCAACAAACACACAUAUAGUCUUCCUUUCAAGAUGUUUGCUGGAUUUUGAACGUCUGAUGUGAUAAGUUAAAAAUCCUAACUCAAAACGUCCUGAGACCAAAACUUUCAGGCAUGAGAGCUUCAAGUCUCUCAGCCAAAAGCUCAGGAGGUCCACAUCCAAGAACAUGAAGACACCAGAGGUGUACUGAGUGUUAAUAAAACUGUAGCCCAACUCUGAUCCAGUUCAACUCUUGAUAAAGGUAGGCCAGCCCCUCAUCCUGUCUGCUUAGCAUGGGAAAGGGGGCACUUUCAUGGUGGAAGAUGUCAUCUUGCUUCAUUAUGUCCUCCAUACACAGUAUCAGGAACACAGAAUUACUAAACAUGCAGAGGGGUAUAAAAAUGACAUAAUGAAGAGAAAAAAUAAACAUUAGAAACAGACUGACUGGGCCUUCCCUGGUGGCACAGUGGUUAAGAAUCCACCUGCCAGUGCAGGGGUCACGGGUUCGAUCCUUGGUCUGGGAAGAUCCCACAUGCCAUGGAGCAGCUAAGCCCAUGCACCACAGUUACUGAGCCUGCACUCUAGAGCCUGUGAGCCACAACUACUGAGCCCACGUGCCACAGCUACUGAAGCCUGAGUGCCUAGAGUCCAUGCUUCACAACAAGAGAGAAGCCACCACAAUGAGGAGCCCACGCACUGCAAUGAAGAGUAGCCCCCACUCGCUGCAACUAGAGAAAGCCCGCGUACAGCAACACAGUAAACCUGAGGAUGAGAUGUUUUUAAAAAGGCUUUCUAGAGAUUACCUUGUUGAAAAGGACCCCAAUGCUCCCCUUUUCUACAGAGAAGAAGGAAACAAAAAAUUUCAGGGGAAGGAUUAUAUGGGAGCCACAGUGCUGUACUCUAAGAGUCGGAACUGGAACAAGAUCCCUGGGAGACUUCCUGCCAUAAUUUGUUAGAGAUAAAUAUGGGUUUAAUGCAAGAAGGUAUCGACCCUUUGAACCAGGGAGUAUCGCAUUCAAGGCCUAACUCUGAGGACAUUUCACUGUGUUACGCCAAUCGCUCUGCAGCCCUCUUCCACCUGGGUCAGUAUGAAACAUGCCUUAAAGAUAUCGUCAGAGCACAGACACAUGGAUAUCCAGAAAGAUUGCAACCCAAGUUGCUGUUGCGUAAGGCAGAGUGUCUGGUGACACUGGGGAGACCACACGAGGCAAGCCAGACCCUUAGUGAUCUUGAAAGUAACUUUGCUGCCAAACCAACUCUCACAGCUUCCCAAUUUCAGAUUCUGCAGAAAACCUUCUGUCGUCUGAAAGUAAAGGUACAAGGAAAGGACCAUCACACAGAAACCUUCCCAGCAGCUCUAACCAGAGCCUUUAAGGAUAUGGAGCUAAAGGAAGAGAAUGAACACAUUUCCGGUGCAUCAUCCUCUGUCAGCUUAUGUACAGACCCUUUAAAAGGCCGCUAUCUGGUUGCCACAAAAGAUAUCCUCCCAGGAGAGCUUCUGGUGAAAGAGGAUGCUUUUGUGAGUGUCCUUAACCCAGGAGAAAUGCCACCACGACAUCAUGGCCUAGAGAGCAAGUGGAAUACCAGGGUUACCAGUGGGGACCUCUACUGUCACCGAUGUUUGAAGCACACUUUGGCCCCAGUUCCCUGUGAUGGCUGCAGCUAUGCCAAGUAUUGCAGCCAUGAGUGUAUGCAGGAGGCCUGGCAUCUCUACCAUAGUGUAGAGUGUUCUCUAGGUGGGCUGCUUCUCACGCUGGGUGUUUUUUGCCACAUUGCCCUGAGGUCAGCUCUUUUAGCUAGAUUUGAGGAUGUCAGCAAAGUCGUAAAUAAGCUCUGUGAUGAGAUUACUAACAGGGACAUCUGUUUACCUGAAAGCAAGAAUCUGGCACAAAUACUCAGUUAUGACCUGGGAGAGGAGAGUGAAAAAAAGGGUAAAAUGGUUGAGACCCCGAUUCCUGGAUGUGAUAUUAACGGGAAGUAUGAAAAUAAUUAUAAUGCUGUCUUCAGCCUUUUACCGCAUACCGAAAACCACAGCCCUGAGCACAAAUUCGUCUGUGCUCUAAGCGUGUCUGCACUGUGCAGGCAGCUCGAAGCGGCCAGUUUACAGGCCUUCACAACAGGUCUGAAAUCAUCUAAGCUGAAAGCGGCAGAGGCUCCUGUGUUGCAUCCAGAGUUGAAUACUUGGGGAGCGGCCAUGCUGAGACACAUGUUACAGCUACAGUGCAAUGCUCAGGCAAUAACGACCAUACAGCAAACAGAAGUGGCACUACACCACAAAGUGGGCAAGACAUGUCAGGAAUCACAAGCAAAUCAAGGAUCUGAAGAGAACCUCAUUACGGACAGCAGGCAGGUGCGCCUCGCCACAGGCCUCUUCCCCGUCGUCAGCCUCCUAAACCAUUCCUGCAGCCCCAACACCAGCGUGUCCUUCACGAGCACUGUCGCCACCGUUCGGGCAUCACAGCAGAUUAGAAAAGGGCAGGAGAUUCUCCACUGCUACGGGCCUCACAAGAGCAGGAUGGGUGUUGCCGAGAGGCGCCAGAAGCUGAGGUCUCAGUAUUUCUUUGACUGCAACUGUCCGCCUUGUGAACGUGAGAAGCAGAGCCCCUCGGAGGGGCCCGGGCAGGAAGAUUUCUGUUGUCACCGUUGCAGAGCACUCCUGCAGGGAGAUGAUGUCCUGAGCUGUGGCAGCGCAUCUUGUACGGAAUCAGUGAGCAGAGGUCACCUAGUCUCUCGGCUACAGGACCUUCGGCAGCAGGUGGGGAUGGCCCAGAAGCUUCUCAGAAAUGGCAAACUAGAGCGAGCUAUUCAGCUGUUGUUGGGGUGCCGGCGUGAUGCUGAGAGCUUCCUGGCAGCGGAACACAGCAAGGUGGGAGAAAUCGAGGACCACCUGGCCCGGGCCUACGCUGCCUUAGGGGACUGGAAGAAGUCAGCUACCCAUCUGCAGAAGAGUCUCCGAGUGGUUGAGAUUCGCCACGGGCCGUCCAGUGUUGAGAUGGGCCAUGAGCUCUUCAAACUGGCCCAAAUCUUCUUCAAUGGGUUUGCGGUACCUGAAGCUCUGACCACAAUACAACAGGCAGAGAGGGUGCUGUUGGUGCAUUGUGGCCCUUGGAAUGACGAGGUCCAGGAGCUGCAAAAGAUGAAAUCCUGUUUAUUGGACUUGCCACCCAUCCCUGGGGGACCCAACAAAUAGGGUCCCCAGGUGACCUUGACCAACAGGAGAGAAGCCUGUGUGGGAUGAGUUGAAGAGGGUCUGUUGCUGCUGAACUGUCACCAAGAAAAUACAGGACUUGUCUGACAGUCUCAAGCCGAGGGUAUGAGGGGAGGGGAGGAUUUGGAAAGCACUGCAGUUGGAGACAUGCUCACCUAUUUUGAUGCAUGUUUCUUGAAGUAGUUAACUGCUCUCCAACAAAAACUCCCAGCUCCCAGAAAAGACUUAAAACUGGUGUCUGGAGAGCCUAAGCCCUUUAAAAGGGUUUUAGCUGAUCUGCAGGCAUCUGGAUGUUAGCCUGGGGUUUUGGCUGGUCGCCACCUCACUAAAUGAUGAUAGUCUGUUUCCCUGGAACAUUCCUAUGGUUUCUAGUGGUAAUGAAAUAUUGUAUACCACUCCAGUGAGAACUUAAACUCUUAAUAGUUGUAUUGUAAUUGAAAAAUAAUUAUAAAGCAAGAAAUCAGUGAGGCUCCUUACCUCUGGAGACACAGUUUCAUUUCUGGUAUCCAGCUUCCUUGAAUCCUUUGUUAAAACCGGUGGAGUGUAAAUUGUGAACAGAGAAAUAAAUACGGGGCCAUUUUAUUGUUGGGCAAUUUCUUCCUAGGAUGGCAACUCUAAAUUUGUUUUCUACCAGUUUUCCAGUCCUUAUUCUCUGGCUUUCAUUCUGUACUCUUGGCAGACCCACUGACCAAGCACUACUAAAAUCAAGCUUAUAGCAGUGACUUUAUAACACAUCCUUUCUGAGUUCUGCUUAUUAGCAAACAUGGAAAGAGACUGCUUUUUUCCUACCUCCCCAAGCAGGCAAAUGAAAUACAGAUUGCAUAAGUACUGAGAAGGGGGGAAAAAAACAACUUCAGAAGAUGCUAAGGGUGUGGGCAUUGCUGCUAGUGGUUUCAAACUUGAGACAAAAGGUAGGAAUGAUAGCUGUUGUCUACCUAGAUGUAUGGCAAUAGUCUAAACCUCAUCCCAGGCAGAAGGCCAGGAGACUCUGGGUGUGAGCCCUGAGUGCUCUAUCACCACUGGGGACCAAGUGGUUCAGAUGAGUUAGUGGAAAAGAAUACACACUGCUUUGAGAGCUUGCCCAGCCCGCCAUGCCCAAGAAGUGCCCGGUGGUUGCCCCGGCAUUAUAAUCAGAAACUGAAUAGCCCUGAAGCUGCCUGGCAGUAGCUUUUCAGGAAGCUGAGUGUUCAGAACACAGUUCGCACUCAAACAUUUGAAUGAAGGGCAGGCAGAAUCUCAUGUAUCUUCUUUUCUACUAACUCACUGUGGCAAGGGCCAUGGCCAGUGAGAUGUUUUGGUAGAGCUAACUCUUUGAAGCAGAAAAAUUUAGUCCUGUGGCCAAUUCUGUAGUUGUUCUGUUCCAAACACUUGGCACGUUUCCUGUUCCUGAAAAAGGUUCUGUUAUACUUUGUAAAAUAGGUCCACUUCCUGAAAAAGAAUGUGUGUAGAAUUUUAC